GCAAUGGUGGCAAGCGAGAGAAAUGCUUUAGUAUUUCUGGAACAGGAGGAGCUCACUCACCCACACAACACACACAACAGUGGUGCGAUGGGACAGGGAGCACAAACUCACGCAGUCCCCGGAAAGCUUGGCAGCCGCUUUGCUCGAUUGUUUCUCGCAAAAACUUUUGGAUGAGAGCCGAGCGAGCGAGCCAUGUUCAAGACGACAGAGAGCCAAUCAUGCCCUGCAAGCUUUGACUGCUUACUUCCGUCUUGCAACCAUCUUCGUUCCAUACAAGGAAAGGAGAAAAAAUGAGAAGAAGCAUUCUCUCGGCUGGGGGACUGGGAGGAAAAUAAUUCACACGACCAAAUCCCUGUGGCCGAAUGGAAUCGGAGUUUAGUGUUCCUGUUCACAACGAAUUGGUGGCCACAUAUUCCCAUGUACCGAUGCACCUUUAUUUGUUUCAGGUUUUGGAGUGACUCUUCCAAGCAAGCAAGCAAGCGCUUCUAGUUCUCACAUGCCGCUUUCAUCUUUCCUUGCACAUAUCGGAUGUGGAGUCCAACUGGCUCCAAGUUCGGAAUGAUUCAAGGCUCAGACAUCUGCCGGGCGUGUCGCGCACUUCAUGCAGCUACAAGAUCGCUGUGAGAUCCUUGGCAGCCAAAACUUGGAAAUGAAGAAAUCCUCGGAGUCGCAGGAAAUCCUACAAAAUGGAUCCAUGGACUACAAGAGGAGGCCGGCUGUGAAAUGCCAAACCGGUGGCUGGAAGUCGGUGAUCCUCAUACUAGGAACCGAGCUCUGCGAGAGGCUUGCCACUCUCGGAAUCGGUCUCAACCUCAUCACCUAUUUGGUCACCGAGUUGCAUCUCUCACCAUCGCAAGCUCCAAACAUCGUGACCAACUUCCUCGGCACGUCCUACGUGUGCUGCCUGAUCGGAGGAUUCGUGGCCGACACUUGCCUUGGCCGGUUCUGGACAAUCGUGAGCUUCUCCUUCGUACAGUUCAUGGGAAUGCUGCUUCUCACACUCUCCGCCGGCAUUCCGUCGCUAAGGCCUUCCAAGUGCAAUGCCGAGGACUACAAAACUUGCCAGCCAGCUCGAGGCAUGGAACUGGCGGUGCUCUACAUGGCCUUGUAUAUGACCGCUCUUGGGACGGGAGGCAUCAAGGCAUGCGUGUCCGCCUUUGGAGCCGACCAGUUCGACGACUCGGAUGCCAAGGAGAGGCGCAGCAUGGGGCAUUUCUUCAACUGGUUCUUCGUGGCGAUAUCCAUCGGAACUCUCCUGGCGGUGACGGUGCUCAUUUACAUCCAGGACAACGUCGGGAGGAGCUGGGGAUAUGGCAGCAGCGCAGGCUCCAUGUUCAUGGCGAUAUGCGUCUUCCUCGCCGGGACGCCACUCUAUCGCUACAGAGCUCCCAACGGGACGUCCAUCGUCUCCAUUGCGCACGUCCUGGUAGCCGCAUUUCGCAAGCGACACGGCAUUCCAGGAGACGAGAAAGAUUUAUACGAGGAUCCGGGGCAGCAGAGUGCCAGAUUCACUAGAACCAGUGGCUUGAGCUUUUUGGACAAGGCCGCAAUCGUGGAGACCGGAAGUAGCAGCGAGAAGCAGAGCCCCUGGAGGCUGUGUAGCGUCACCAAGGUGGAGCAAGUGAAGAUGCUGAUCCGGAUCCUGCCGAUAUGCGCCACCUCCGUGCUCGUGUACACGGUCUUCGCGCAGAUGACGACGCUGGCGGUGGAGCAGGGUGCUACCAUGCACAGGAACCUCGGCAAGCACUUCAAGUUCCCUCCGGCAUCGCUGGGAGUGUUCGUCCAGCUGAGCGUGAUCAUCGCCACCCCUCUCUACGACCAAGUCUUCCUCCCGGCCGUGAAGCUCCUGCGGCGGAACCAGAUCACCAUGCUGCAGCGCAUCGGUGGCGGGAUGAUCUUCUCGUGCCUGGCGAUGGUGAUCGCGGCGAUGGUGGAGAGGAAGCGGCUGGCAUUGGCGAGGGAGCACGGGCUGCUCGAUCGACCAAAGGCCACAGUACCGAUGAGCAUCUUCUGGCUGGUCCCCCAGUACGCGCUGGUUGGAGUGAGCGAGGUGUUCACUUACAUCGGCCAGCUCGAGUUCUUCUACAGCCAGUCACCCGAGGAGAUGCGCAGCAUGGCCACCGGGAUGUUCAUGAGCACCAUCUCGGUGGGCUUCUUCGCGAGCUCCUUUCUGGUGGCCACCAUCAACAGGGUGACGGGGGGGAGCGGCCAUGGCUGGAUCUCCAACAACAUCAACAGGGGGAGGAUUGACAACUUCUACUGGAUGCUCGCGGUGCUCAGCCUGGGGAACCUCGCCAUCCACAUUGCCUGCGCGACUUGCUACAAGUACAGGGCUCUUCCAGUGGCUCCCCCUCCUCGUGUCGCUGAUGCUGCUCAAGAGGCUUGAAGUUACGCUCGCUCGAGAGACAAAGAAGGCCUUUUUCUUAAGAAAGGAACUAUACAUACGACAAAGGAACUAUACAUACAUUCAUACAGUCUUAUAUGAGAGAGAUUUUAUUC